GGCGGCUGCGGGGGGGGGGUUUCUGAGGGGAAGGGUCGCGAUGGCGGAGCUGCAGUCUGAGAGCGGCAGCGAGGAGGAGCUGCCCAGCCUGUCCUCCCUGCUGGAGCUCCACAAGCCGAGGCCCCCGCGGCCCCCGUCUCCCGACCCCGAAGUUGUGGUGGUGAGCAGCGGGGGCGAGGAGGCGGAGGAGGAGGUGGUGGUGGAGGAGGUCGCCGCUUUGCGUAGCAGGGUCGCGGCGAGAGGGGGAGCGGGUUCUGAGCCCUGCUGGCAGCCGGACGGGCUUUGCGCUAGCGGUGACCUGGUGGCUCCGGGCGGCGAAGGGCCGUGGGGAGACCCAGCGCCGUCUGGAGGAGGUUGUUGGGGCGGUGAAAACAGCACAUGCGGUGCUGAGGGACCUGCGCUGCCGGUCGGCCAAGACGAGCCCAGCAGCCCCCUGGUAAGCGGAGCAAGCACAGAAGCGUCCCCCCCUCCCAAGAAGCGACAGUAUAGUCAGAGGGAAAGGGCGGCAGUCUGCCAGGCUGCAUGGGAGAGGAGGAAAGAACGAGAAGCGAAGAGGAGGCUGCAGGAGGAGGAGAAAGAGAGGAAGAGAGCCCUUGCCAAGAUGCUGAAAGCUCAGCGGCCGGGAGAGUGCCAGAAAUACAUAACAGUGGUGCUGGAUCCAGCCCUCUUACAGGUAGAAGGUGGUGAGCAGAUCCUUAAGGCUUUGGAGGCUGCCAAUUAUUCCUGUGUGGUUGAGAACCAGGCUGUUCCCUGCAGCAUCACCUGGAGGAGAAAGACUGUGUCGUCUCAGAUGGGAGAUGAACGGACAGAAGAACUAAAUGUCCUGGUUCUGCUUGGCUUGGGGGAGUUUCUGUCCAUGGCUCAGAGUUACAAACAAAAUGUUGACAGCUGCACAGAAGGGCAGAAGAUGACCCUGCAGAGCUAUGUAGCUCACGUGAUGGAGAAGCUACCUGGGAAAAUUCUGGCUCUGGCAGUAGUUGGAGUAGAAAAUUAUUUCAGGUCCCUCGGAGUUCAGUCAAAACAGAGACUGCAACAGGCAGCAGCGCCUGGGAACCAAGAGGAGCAGAGAAAAGGGAGAAAAAGGAAAAUUAAGGAUUCUGGCCUGGAGUUAACCAGAAUGGACAUGGAAGAAGCCCUGGUGGAUCUGCAGCUGUGCACACAAGUCCAGGUCAGCUUUUUUGACAGCUGUGAGGAGCUCGGGGAAUAUGCCACUAUGUUCACAAAAGCUGUGGCUGAGGCACCAUUCAAUGCCCUGCAUACAAAGGUGCCCCCUGUCUCCCCUGGAGUGACCAACAGCUAUGUCCAGGGGCCCUUAGACGUUCCCCUUCUCGACAAAACUGUGGGCCAGUGCCUGGAGGAGACGGUCGAGCGGUUCCCCGACCGCGAGGCCUUGGUGUUCUGCCGGGAUGGGGUUCGGAGGACGUUUGCCCGGUUCAAAGAGGAGGUGGACCAAGCAGCAGCUGGGCUUCUGGCUCUUGGCCUAAAGAAAGGAGACCGGCUGGGGAUGUGGGGACCCAAUAAAUACGAGUGGGUUCUCAUGCAGUUUGCAACGGCCCAGGCAGGAAUCAUCCUGGUAUCUGUGAAUCCAGCCUACCAGGCCUCUGAGCUGGAGUUUAUCCUCAAGAAGGUUGGCUGUAAGGCACUGGUGUUCCCCACUCAAUUUAAAACACAGAAAUACUAUGAUAUUCUGAAGCAGUCAUGUCCUGAGAUAGAAAAAUCCAGUCCAGGGGGAAUAAAGAGCAAAAGGCUACCUGACUUAUCCAUUGUUAUCAUGUUGGACUCCAAGCUGCCUGGCACCUUCCACAUGGAUGAAGUGAUGCAGGCUGGGGACAGCAGCCAGGUGAAGCAGCUAAGAGCAGUGGAGCAGACCCUGUCCUGCAAUGAGCCCAUCAACAUCCAGUUCACUUCAGGCACAACGGGAAGCCCCAAAGGAGCCACCCUCUCCCACAGGAACAUUGUGAAUAAUGCCCAUCUGAUCGGUCUGAGGCUGGGGAUCACACAGCAGGACCAUCGCUUCUGCGUCCCUGCACCCCUCUAUCACUGCCUGGCGUCGGUGGGAGGCUGCAUGGUGAUGGCCCUGCACGGGUCCUGCUGCAUCUUCUCAUCUCCCAGCUUCGAGGGGAAGGCUGCGCUGGAGGCCGUGUCUCGAGAGAAAUGCACCUUCCUCCUUGGCACACCGACCAUGUUCAUAGACAUGCUCUCCCAGCCAGACUUUGACUCCUACGACCUGUCAUCUCUCCAGGGAGGAAUCAUUGCAGGUUCUCCUGUUCCCCCUGAGAUCAUGAAGACAAUUAUGACCAAGAUGCACAUACCAAAGCUCGUGGGUAGCUGCUCAGCUGGUUCUUGUCCAGGUGGAGGACAGCAAGGUUUUCUACAUCCUCCAUGGCCCCAGGUUGCUUAUGGGACCACGGAAAACAGCCCUGUCACCUUCAUGGGGUUCCCCAAUGACAGCAUGGACCGGAGAACCGAGACAGUGGGAUACAUCUUCCCCCACACAGAGGCAAAAAUUGAGGAUCCAGAAACAGGGAAGUCUAUGCCUCUGAACACGCCAGGGGAGCUUCUUAUCCGUGGCUACUGCGUCAUGUUGGGCUACUGGAAUGACCCUGCCAAGACAAGUGAAGUUAUCACUGCUGAGAGGUGGUACAAGACAGGGGACCUCGGGAGCCUGGAUGAGCACGGCUACUGCAAAAUUAUAGGCCGCUGCAAGGACAUGAUUAUUCGUGGUGGAGAGAACAUCUACCCAGCAGAACUUGAGCAGUUUCUCCACACCCAUCCCAAGGUUGAGGAGGUCCAGGUGGUUGGUGUGAAGGAUUCGAGGAUGGGAGAAGAGGUAUGUGCCUGCAUCCGACUGAGGGCUGGGCAGAACUGCACUGAGGAAGAGAUGAAGGCUUUCUGCAAAGGGAAGAUUUCCCAUUUCAAGAUCCCACGUUAUUUUGUGUUUGUGAACCAGUACCCACUCACUGUCUCAGGCAAGAUUCAGAAAUACAAGUUGAGGGAGCAGAUGGAGAAGCUCCUUCAGCUCUGAGAUUGGGAAGGCAGAGCAAAAACAGGGAUAAAUCAACUGGAGGACCAGCAACUCUCAGUCUGCUUUUCACCUGUGCCUUGGGCUAUGCAGUGGAGACCUUCCCUCCCUGACAUCAGGCUGAUGGCACUUUUAGUCAAUAAAACAGAGCGCCUUUUUUUUCC